AGUGGGCCAGGCAGGAAGAUGGCGGCGGUAGCGGAGGUGUGAGUGAACCUGGGUUUCUGCAGCUGGAUUUUUCUCUUCCCUUCUUUCCUUUUCCUUCUGUGUUUGAGAUUGGCAUCGAAGGGGCUGAGUUCGGGUGGUGGCGCCGGGCGCAGCGCAGGGGUCACGGCAACGGCGGCGGCUGACGGCUGGAAAGGCCGGCUUGUCGUCCUUCCCCGGUCCGCUCGGUGUCAGGCGCGGCGGCGGCGGCGGGGGCGCAGCGGCCGGACUUCGUCCCUCCUCCAGCUCCCCCCUGCGCCGGAGCGGCCACUCUUCCCUUCGCCAUCCUCCGACCCUUCACCGCGGGUACUGGACGCUUCCUCCGGCGUAGCUCAGGGAGCGGGGGCCGGUCUCCUGCUCGGCUGUCGCGCCUCCAUGUCGGAUAACCAGAGCUGGAACUCGUCGGGCUCAGAGGAGGAUCCGGAGACGGAGUCCGGGCCGCCUGUGGAGCGCUGCGGAGUCCUCAGCAAGUGGACAAACUACAUUCAUGGGUGGCAGGAUCGUUGGGUAGUUUUAAAAAAUAAUACUCUGAGUUACUACAAAUCUGAAGACGAGACAGAGUAUGGCUGCAGAGGAUCCAUCUGUCUUAGCAAGGCUGUCAUCACACCUCAUGAUUUUGAUGAGUGCCGAUUUGAUAUUAGUGUAAAUGAUAGCGUUUGGUAUCUUCGUGCUCAGGAUCCAGAUCACAGACAGCAGUGGAUAGAUGCCAUCGAACAGCACAAGACUGAAUCUGGGUAUGGGUCUGAAUCCAGCUUACGUCGACAUGGCUCUAUGGUGUCACUGGUGUCUGGAGCAAGUGGUUAUUCUGCAACAUCCACCUCUUCAUUCAAGAAAGGCCACAGUUUACGUGAAAAAUUGGCUGAAAUGGAAACCUUUAGAGAUAUCCUAUGUAGACAAGUUGAUACUUUACAGAAGUACUUUGAUGCCUGUGCUGAUGCUGUCUCCAAGGAUGAACUUCAAAGGGAUAAAGUUGUAGAAGAUGAUGAAGAUGACUUUCCUACAACACGUUCUGAUGGAGACUUCUUGCAUAACACUAAUGGCAAUAAGGAAAAGUUAUUUCCACAUGUAACACCAAGAGGAAUUAAUGGCAUAGACUUUAAAGGGGAGGCAAUAACUUUUAAAGCAACUACUGCGGGAAUCCUUGCUACACUUUCUCAUUGUAUCGAACUAAUGGUAAAACGUGAGGACAGCUGGCAAAAGAGACUGGAUAAGGAAAUUGAGAAGAGAAGAAGAAUAGAGGAAGCAUACAAAAAUGCCAUGACAGAACUGAAGAAAAAAUCCCACUUUGGAGGGCCAGAUUAUGAGGAAGGUCCAAACAGUCUGAUUAAUGAAGAAGAGUUCUUUGAUGCUGUGGAAGCUGCUCUUGACAGACAAGAUAAAAUAGAGGAACAGUCACAGAGUGAAAAGGUCAGAUUACACUGGCCUACGUCCAUGCCAUCUGGAGAUGCCUUUUCUUCUGUGGGGACUCACAGAUUUGUCCAAAAGCCCUAUAGUCGCUCUUCCUCCAUGUCUUCCAUUGAUCUAGUCAGUGCCUCUGACGAUGUUCACAGAUUCAGCUCCCAGUGAUAUUACCUCAAGGAAG